UUCAUUCACCCCCGUGUGGUGAAAGAAGCCCGCUUACCUACGACCGGGUCUCCGUCUCCCAUCUCUGUCACUUUAGGGGAUGACAAGACCCAGCGCUUCUUUGAUCAGACGGUCACCGAUCUCCCUUUCUUCCUCACCCUCGAGCCGACUGAUCAUUCCCCGGGGUCUCGUCGCCACCGCCCCUCUGCACAUUUGGAUGUGAUGGAGACGGGGUACGACUUCAUUCUCUGCACUCCGUUGUCUCGUCAGUUCCGCAGCACCGAGACCGAUUGGGCGACCAACACUCUCGUUCUCAAAACGAAGUGUGGACAGACGUAUCACGUACCUUUCAUAGGUACCACUACGACACCACGCCCCGAUCCUCCUCUCCCGGAGCCUUCAGUGCCCACACCAUCUCCCUCUAUCACUGUCACCUCGCCUCGGCAGUUCGCUCACUUCAUCCGACAGGACGACCUCACCUUCUUUAUGGUGAACGUGACGGAUCUUUUACACUAUGACCCACCCAGUCCCGAUGCCGAGCUCCUCCCUCUGGAGCCAGAUCCUCCUUCUAUCUCCAUGGCUCCCAUCUCUACUUCCGUCCCUCCGCCGUCCGUCGAGUCCACCCCGCCGUCGCGCGCUGACGCUGACGCGGAGGAACUCGCACGAUAUACGGCUGAUGUGGAGCCCGCAGUUCAUGACCUCAUCCAAGAGUACCACGACGUUUUCCCAUCGUCGUUCUCGUACGCCAGCAUCCCACCGAUGAGUGACAUCAAGCACUCCAUUCAGCUUGUGCCUAACUAUCGUGUUCACCACCAGGCACCCUACAGACUCUCGAUCCCCGAGGCCACCGAACUCAAGCGUCAGCUUGAGGAGCUCCUGAGACAGGGUUUCAUUAAACCCAGCAACUCCCCGUGGGGUGCACCCGUCCUCUUUGCUCGCAAAGCGGACGGAACUCUCCGUCUCUGCAUCGAUUAUCGUGGUCUCAACCGCUACACGGUUAAGAACAACUACCCCAUGCCUCGUUCCGAUGAGUUGUUCGACCGCCUAGCAGGCAACCGCUUCUUUACGAAGAUUGAUCUUCGUAGCGGUUACCAUCAGAUCCGCGUUGCUGCAGCCGACCAGCCGAAGACCGCGUUCCGAUCGCGAUUCGGCCACUACGAGUUCACGGUGAUGCCAUUCGGCCUCACGAAUGCUCCCGCUACCUUUCAGAGGGCGAUGAACGACAUCUUCAGGGACAUCCUGGAGCAGUACGUUCUCGUCUAUCUCGACGAUAUCCUGGUCUUCGAUCGUACCCUUGAGGAGCACCUUAGACAUCUCCGCGACGUCCUUGACCGCUUGCGCAGACAUGGCUUCUACGCCAACCUGAGCAAGUGCCGCUUUGCCCAGCACAAAGUGGAUUUCUUAGGACACUACGUGUCUGACCAGGGUCUCCACAUGGACGACGCGAAGAUCACUGCUAUUGCGGAGUGGCCCGCUCCCACAUCCGCCAAGCAGCUUCGCAGCUUCCUAGGCCUGACCAGCUACUAYAGUAACUUCAUCCGGGGAUACGCUAGGUAUUCCUACGUCCUUACCUCCACCCUCCUCCGGAAGAACCCACCCUAGGCUUGGACACCCCUCCAUGAGGACGCCUUCCGCGCCCUCAAGAAGGCGGUGACAUCCGCACCGGUUCUUCACCUACCCGAUUUUGACCGUUCUUUUAUCCUUACCACCGAUGCAUCAGACUUCGUUGUAGGAGCAGUGCUUUGUCAGGUCUUCCCCUCCUCUCAUGAUUUCUUUCAUCCUCGUAUCCCUCGCUUCCCACCACCUACCCCUACCACUGCUUCCCGACUGACGCCUACUCGUCCAGCUACUAACGAGCCUUCUAUUGACUAUUCUCCUACCAUCGCCGAGGAUGGCACUGUCGAAUCUCGCUCAGGUGAUUGUCCGAUAGUCUUCUACUCCCGUCAACUCUUGCUUGCCGAGAUAAACUAUACUGUUGAUG